GGGUUGGGACUCACUCUCAUAACUGAAAGCUCCAAUCCCGCCGACCACUACUUCAACGCUCCUUUCUUUCAUUCUUCCUUCCUUCCACUAUAAACAUGAAAAAAGAAAAGAAAAGAAAAGGGUACAACACUUAGAACAUUGAGAGUUGAGGAUGCAAAUGGAAGAAAUAAGCAUCGCUCACGGGGUCGAGGUGAUCGCACCAAAACGGCAUCUCGUCUUCGCCUACUACGUCAGUGGUCACGGCUUCGGCCACGCCACUCGUGUCGUCGAGGUUGUCCGUCAUCUCAUUCGAGCCGGCCAUGAUGUUCACAUGGUUACAGGCGCUCCUGACUUUGUGUUCACUUCUGAAAUACAAUCACCAAGACUCUUAUUUCGCAAGGUUGUGUUAGACUGUGGAGCAGUUCAAGCAGAUGCUUUGACAGUUGAUCCUAUUGCCUCCUUGGAAAAGUAUUCCCAAAUGUCAGUACUACCCCGGGCAUCAGUUUUAGCAACCGAAGUUCAGUGGCUGAACUCUAUCAAGGCUGACUUAGUGAUUUCAGAUGUUGUUCCUAUUGCAUGCCGAGCAGCUGCAGAUGCUGGAAUUCGUUCUGUUUGCGUCACCAACUUCAGUUGGGAUUUUAUCUAUGCGGAAUAUGUGAUGGUGGCUGGAUCUCACUAUCGAUCAGUCCUUCAACAGAUUGCUGAAGAUUAUUCCCAUAGCGAGUUUGUAAUCCGUCUACCUGGGUACAGCCCAAUGCCUGCAUUUCGUGGUGUUAUUGAUGUACCCCUUGUCGUGAGGAGAUUACACAAAUCUAGAGAAGAGGUGAGGAAAGAUCUUGGAGUUCUGGAUGAUGUGAAGCUAGUAAUUUUUAAUUUUGGUGGCCAGCCAGCUGGUUGGAAGUUGAAGGAGGAGUACUUACCUGCUGGUUGGUUGUGCCUGGUUUGUGGGGCUUCAGACAAUCAGGAGCUUCCCCCUAAUUUCAUAAAGCUUGCAAAAGAUGUUUAUACGCCUGACCUAAUAGCAGCUUCAGAUUGCAUGCUUGGAAAGAUUGGAUAUGGCACAGUCAGUGAAGCCAUGGCAUACAAGUUGCCAUUUAUCUUCAUACGCCGAGAUUAUUUUAAUGAAGAACCAUAUUUGAGAGAAAUGCUUGAGUAUUACCAAGGUGGUGUGGAGAUGGCCAGAAGAGAUAUGCUCAGUGGAUGUUGGAUACCCUACCUUGAACGUGCUGUUAACUUGAAACCGUGCUAUGAGGGAGGUACCAAUGGUGGUGAGCUGGCUGCUCAUAUACUACAAGAUACAGCUGUUGGAAAGAAUUCUGUGUUAGAUAAGACUAAAGUAAGGAGAUUGCAGGAUGUAAUGGUACCUGGGUGUCAACCACAGAAAGUUCCUGGAAAUGAUAUUCUUGUUCCAGAUUGGUAUACUCUUGCAGAAAACAAACUUGGUCUUCAUAAUUUGUUUUGAGGGUUCUUUGCCAGGUGCAAGUUCUGGAUAUCCUGCAAUAUAUUUUGGAAGGAUCUUACCAAGUCCAUGAAAUUUUGGAUAUCUGAAGAUUUGCUGUCAUUCCUCUCCUUAGUUUAGUAUCAUUAGUAAUUAAUUUUAUUUUGUAUAAAAAAUUGCAUAAAGGCAAUAAUUUCUUUGAUGAAGAAAAAUAAGUUUUACUGUAACAAAUUGUCCAUGUUUAUAUGUGAUGCCUCUAGCCAAUAUUUAAUAGACUAAUAGGCAGAAGGUCAUUUUACAAACGGAUAAUGAGAAUCUCUCCAACUUAUGCUUAA